AUGAAGAAGCAGCCGGUGACCACAGUGUUGGCAAUAUGUGUGCUGCUGCUCCUGCUCUUCUACGUCCUCAACAUCGCCGUCCUCUUCGUCCUCCUCAACAUUGCCCGCAUUGUAUCCUUGUCCUUCGACACGCCCUCGACUCGAACUCCUGGUGUCUACACCCGCGCAUACAUAGAAGAAAAACCCUGGAAUAAGGUGUGGGAGAGCCCAGAGCCGACAUGGUCAAUCACAUGUGACACGGCUCAUUUCGAAUAUGAUCUGUGUUAUCUCAACCGUCGAACAGUGGUAGAUCCAACGACUGCGAUUGUAUCUGCGGUAGACCCCACCAAUUCAACCCCAGCAAUUGAGAGAAAGAUCCGACCCUAUCCUCGAAAAGGGCAACCCGAAGCCAUGGAGAAGACUAAAGAGUUGACUCUCACGACGUUUCCGGCCAAAGUUUCCUGCCAAGUAAGCCACAGCGCGCCGGCGCUGAUAUUCAGUGCGGGCGGGUUUACGGGGAAUGUCUUCCAUGAUUUCAACGAAGGCUGGGUCCCGCUGUUUAUCACCGUCGAUGAACAUUUCGUCGAUCGUGAUGUGAUUCUGGCGAUUGUUAAUUGUAGCGAAUGGUGGAUGAUCAAGUAUGCCGAGUUGUUCCCCAAGUUUAGCCGGUACCCGAUUAUUAACCUGGAUAAAGAAACAACGUCGCAUUGCUUCCCGAGAGCGAUUGUCGGGCUGAAAUCGCACGGCGUGAUGAUAGUGGACCCCACCUUGCAACGUGGGCCCCACCCGAAGACGAUGAUGGAUUUUCAAGCCGUCAUAACGGACGCCUACGAGAGCAGCCUCCGAAGCCAUGGAUUCAGUAACGGGGAAGAGCGGCUGCCGAACUUCUCGCCAUCGUCGGGCCGGCCGAGGAUGGCACUAUUGAACCGGCAAGACACUCGGCGACUGCUAAACACGGAGCAACUCAGACGGGCGGCGGAGGAGGUGGGCUUUGAGGUGGCGGUCUUCGAGGUGACCCCGAAAACACCGAUGCGCGAACUCUACCGGGUGAUCUCUAGGAGCCAUGCUCUGGCGGGCGUUCACGGGGCUGCGCUGACCCACGAGCUGUUCCUCCGGCCGGGGGCGGUGCUGCUGCAGAUCGUGCCUAUCAACACGGGGUGGCUGGCGGACAUGUGCUACGGGAAGCUGGCGAGCCGACUGGGGCUGGAGUACGUAGUCUACGAAGCAGGAAUAGAGGAGAGCACGCUGCAGAGCGACGCGUUUGCGGUGAAGCAGCACAUGGAUCCGCACGACCCGGCGUCGACAUUGAUGGGGAACUUGACCAACUGGUACAGAUACAUGAACCAGCAUGUGGAGGUGGACACCGUGAGGUUCAAGAGGUAUUUGAACAGAGCCUACGAGAAGGCCAUUGUUUUCAUGCACAAGCAGCAGCAAAGCAGCGUCUUGUCAGCUUCUUGA